CACACUUGCACCUACCCAACCCAGAGAGUGGCGCCCUUCUUUUUUUUUCCUUGUGUGCUGUCUUUCUCUUUUUCUUACCGGAAACUUUGUUCAUGAACCUCUCUGAACUUAUACAUCGGUCUGCCGACGAAAGUCCAUCGGCUGUUCAUUGCACCUACGACCAAUUCCAGCCAACUCCACCUCCCAGCACCACCGCUGCAGAUGCUAUGCAACUCUACAAUAAUGAGGUCCUCGAAUCCCGCUUUGUAACUGCAAAGACGAACGAUGAGGGUAUGUACAGUCCAGCCAAGCUGUUGCCAAUGUCAAGCCCUACAACCAGCAGCAGUAGUUGGCAUUACAAUCCAGCAACAGGCGAAAGCUCACGUUCGCCCUAUGCUAGUACCCUUUCCGACCAGUCCGAUCGACCACGGUUACUGCUACCUGAUUCACCACCACCACCAGCAGCUUCUACUGGUUUAACGGGUACAGCAGCAACAGCAACAACAGCAACAACAGCUCAUCCCCCUCCUCCUUCGUCUUCAUCAGUUUGUUCUAAUACAACUAAUACUGCAACCAUCACAUCUGUGGCUGCUUUGAUUACAAGGGGAGGAGCUUCAGCAGGAGAAGGAGGAGGAACAGGAGGAGGAACAGGUACGCCUGCGAGCACGGACUCACCUGCAUCACCCGUACCCAUGGACCGCCUAACAGGAUCACCUCGUUUCACCACCACCGGAUCACCUGAGUUCCAUCCAAAUCAAAAUCACCACCACCACCAUCAUCAUGUUGCCACCAUCAUGGACAACAAUAGAAACAGCAAUAGUGAUAUAAUCAGUAGUAACAACUCCAUUGCCAGCUUAUAUUCACAAAAAAACAACGCUCGAAACCGUAUACUGACAAUCACAGGCCAGAGCGUCACCAAGGACAACAUCGAAGAAGGCUAUGUACAAUUUGUCCUGCAACAUGAUCCCCAAUCCGUCAACGAUAGCAUUGAAAGCUUAAUGUAUGUGAAACGCAAGUUUUCAUCUGUUCCCAAAACCGGUGACUUGUCAUAUACGACGUGGGAUGUGUUUAAUUUAGUCAAAAAGCUUCAUAAUCAACAGAUCAAGAAUUGGUCGCAAUUGGUUGGACAACUUGGAUUAUCUGACAUGACGGGCCGUCCCCAAUUUGCACAACGCGUAAAACGAUGGAUGCGAAAAUAUAGAAUAGACUGUUAUUUUGAUUAUCUACUUGGCAACCCUUACAAUUUUUAUGCGACCGACGACAAAUCUUCAGGAUGCUUAACAAUGGGCAAUUACCAAAAACGUAAAGCAGGCAGCAGCAAAACAUCGUUAGCAGCAACAUCAGCAGCAGCGGCAACCGUUACAGAUGACACAGAUUCGGUAAAAUCAUCAGGAUCAGGCAAUAUUGGCGGUACUAGUAGUGGACGAACACGGAAACGAUCGCGAUAUUAUUUAUUGACCGAUGAAGAUGACGAAGAUGAAGAGGACGAUAACAAUGGAACUAGCGAUGAUGAGGAACGACAACGACGCAGUACGCCUAUUGUUCUUGCUGGAAGUCGAAAACGAUCUAGAAUGUCACCCCAUCAACAUGUCAGUACUGAAAGCAUGCGGCUCUCGAAAGCAUUACAGGAAAAUAAUCAUCGGCUAUCCGAACCUGACGAUGAUGAUCAUGACGACAGCCAUCAUCACAACUAUAGUCGUGAUGCUGAUGCUGAUGGUGACCGUACCUUGACGGAUGAUGAUGAUGUUAAUGACGAUAUGCAAGACGGCGGUGACGAUGGCGAAGAUCGAGACAACAAUAGUUACCAUGACGAUAAUGAGCAUAACCAUAUCAACUAUGAUGCCAAUGACGACGAAAUGGAUGAGGGAGACGAAGAAGACGAACUUGCAUCCACUUCCUCAUCCUCUACCGUAUCACAAUCAGCAACGACACGAGGUGUCAACCAAAGACCUAAUAACGACCCUAUAGCUACUACCACUACUACCACUAAUACUAUACCAUUCUUAAACAACACAUCAAGAACUACAACAACGACUACGGCUGGACCGAUUUCCUCUUCUUCUUCUUCUGUCCCUGAACAUCCCUCAACCAUUCCCUCACCAUCCGCAUUAACAACACAACAACAACAACAACAACAACAGCCAUGUUCUGAUUGUAGCCAAAUGCAAGGAACGGUCCAUUCUUUACGGAACGAUGUGUCCGAGUUGAAAACACAAGUUGCAUCGUUACAAGCCCGGUUAGACGAAGAAUUACAAAGCAAACAAACGAUGGCUAAACAGAUUUCUCGGUUCGAGAGCAUGUGUGUCCAUUAUGAUAACUGGCGGACCAAGCUAGCAGUGCAUUUGCUGCAAAACCCUUUCAACAUGGAAUUGAUGGAGCGGAAACGCGAUUCUUCUUGCAACAAUACAGCAGCCACUCCAUAAAUAGCAUCGACACCUUUUGUAUACGCACAUUACAUUUCUUCCCUCUAUACUCCUUUUUUCUAGUACUUUUGUAAAAAACAAUAAUAACUAUCUUCCCUUUCCUCUUACCUCAUUCCACUUACACAUGCACCCGUCUCUUCCCCUCUUUCUAAUCUACUACUACUACUCCUAUCAUCAUCAUCAUCAUCAUCAUGUACAUAUAUUAUAAUAUAGGAAUCUAUAUUGUGUGUUGAAAUUUCCUUUUAUCACACACAUCAAACCAUAUACUCGUUCCUUGAAAUGCCCGCCCUUCCCCCUCGUCCUCCCCACGUUUCUCUCUCCUGAUAUAAAGAACAGGGCGGG